CAUUGACGAGUGUGCUUGAAAGAGAGAAAAUUUGGCCAAAAGUGCAUUGAACAUGCAAUUUGUGUGUGUUUUAAUUAUCCCCUCAAAGUUGACUUCAAGGUCUUUGAGUUGAGAAGAAUGAAUGUUGGAGAAAAAUCAGUCCCUUCCAUUUUGAUAUCUUCGGAUCACGCGUCCUUUGGCUAAGUGACCUGUUUCAAACGAUCGUAAAUUUCCAUUGGUUUUGGUCGAGCCAAGGCGCUAAACUUUUUUCCUUCCAGCUCUUUGGUUGUUUGAGGGCUUAUCGAAGGCCGCGAUCUGGUUUUAGAAGUUUGCCAUGAGCUGUCAAGCCAUCAGGUGUUUGUGAGACAUCCAGCAACUCCACAACGAAACAUGGCAAAGCCGAAACAACAAUUCAUGGGCUUCAUGGGCUCAAAGUCCUUCAAAAUUACGGGAUCCUAUCAAUUAAUCAACUAUGACGAGAACUUGGACCUAUUCUUGGACAGUCUCGGGAUCAAUGGAAGCGAGUUUGGAUCGGCCUUUCGCAAGACAAAAGUCAAAAUUUUUGUUCGGGAGCCUUCAAAGCACAACAAGAAAUGGAGUCUCAUUCACAAAGAGGAAGGAAACAAUGACCCUACAAAGUCAUUGUCGUAUGUGUUCGAGCCCGGGAAAUCCACCACAAUCGAAACGGAAGACGAUUCGAUUGAGAAAGUGGUGUGUCUCAACAAGGACACGCAUGUCAUUCAAUGCCAAACCGAGGUCAAGAGGUCAGGAUGGAAUGUGGAAAGCCGAAUCAUAUUCACUUCCGAAGGGAUUACUGCGAUCUACGUGAAUACUCAAACUGGCACCACGAUGACCGCCAAAUAUUCUCGAGUCAUUGAUCCUUGGAUGUCGAAGAAGAAGAAAUUUUUGAGAGCCAUCAGAGAUUAGCAUUAAGCUCUUUGGCGCCUAAAAACAAAUACUACUGUGCUAGAGCGAUAGGGUGGGAAAUAUGGGUCUGCACGUAGAUAAGGAGGGAGUGUCGACCUGUUUUGGAGAAUGACCGAGAUCCUACCCAUCAGUUGAACAAUGCUUAGUCAUUGUUCAACAUGAAAUAUAUCCUUUUCAUCCUUUUCUACCUACAUUUGACCUGGACUCAAGGUGAAGAGCUGCCAAGCUCAUCUGCUCAACCCCUCUUAAUUGAGGCGUUGAGAAGCAACCAUGAGAUUCGAAGACUGACCAACGAAUUGAUGGGUGCCCUCGGUCAAUAUGAGGUCUCGAGUGGUCGCCGACACGAGGAUGCACGUGGUCGAGGCUUGUGUUUCCGCCUGUUUUGUGUCCGAGAUGGGGAUUUGUUUUGUGAGCGAGUGUGCGCCUUUUUGGGCGAUCACGCCGCCAAAGUGGAGAUCGAGCGACAAGAACAAGAGUGGAACAAGAAGACGGAUCAAUAACCGAAGCGGACAAGAUCUUGAACAACGGACAAUUUAGCUUUAAGGACCCAACGCACCGAAAAUGAAGAAUGCAUCAGAAAAUUGCUAAAUCGCAAUCUCGAUCUGUAUACGUAAUGAAAUACAACUCCGCCUUAUUGGUAAAA